AUGGCAGAGGAAAUCACCAAUCUCUAUACUCAAUUGGAUAUCCGUGACGAUGAAAAGAAGCCUAUUGACCUAGGAACCCUUCCUGUUGGCGAAGAGGAAAAUAACCUAUCGCUAAUGCUGGUUGGAAAAUUGCUUACACAGAGAUCUUACAACAUCGAGGUGUUCAAAAAGACUAUGACUACUCCGAUUCAUGGCCUUGCUAUUAGGGUUCUUAGCCCUAAUCUCUAUGCUUUUCAAUUCUUCCAUUGGAAAGAUUAUGAAAAGGUCUUGAAAGGACGACCAUUGUGUUUCGAUAAUAUGCUUGUCCUCUUGAAAGGGAUUGAUGGAGACGAGCAACCGGAAGAUGUCAUUCUCAGGAAUUCUCCCUUUUGGGUUCGUAUCAAAAAUCUUCCCUUUAAUUGCCGAACUGAUGCGCAUGUUAGAGCUAUUUUAGAGGGUAUGGGAGAAAUUCUUGAAAUGGAAGAUGAUAUUCUUGGUAUUGGGCGUUACCGAAGAGUCAAAAUAAUGCUUGAUACAUCUAAGCCCUUGAGGCGCUUCCAGAUGAUCAAGGAUCGUCAAGGCCGAGAAUUACAGGUUAACUUGGCCUAUGAAAGGCUUCCAUUUUUCUUUUUUGCUUGUGGCAUAAUGGGACAUGCCGAGCGAGAUUGCCAUAAUGUUGAGGAAGAGAAAAAACAAGAACAAUUGGGCUGGGGAAUGAACCUUAAAGCUACUCUUAGAAAGGGCUUGCUGAAGGAAUUAGAAGAGUUGGAGAACCUUAAGGCGAACAUGAAGUUAUCUUUCACACCUAAACCCCAUCAGGAAGAGAGGGGAGAGAGAAGGAAUAGCAAUGCAAGUGAUCAUCUGGGCAGUGAACAGAUUACACCAUCAGAAACUCGAAUCAUAGCCCCUCCUCCUACAUCUCAGUCAUCAGCCCCUAUAGUGUUGGAGGAACAAGUCUAUGUUUUUGGUGAUCACGAAACAUCUAAUUCUUCACAAAAUGUGGAGCAGAUAAAAAUUCAGUCCUCGAAUUCUAUACGGGCUACAUCAAUAGGGGGCGUACUUGGAAGAGAGUAG